AUGAUAUUCAAAACAAUCCUCGCUUCCUCUCUCUUACUCUCAGCCUUGGGCCAGGUGUGCUUGGCCGAUGGCACCAUCCACGAAAGUUCGGAUGUCGAUACUGCUUCUGCGCCCGGAAACGUUGCAGGUGCCGAUGAUUUUAGACUGAAAGUUGAAGAGCGAGAGCGAGAGGGUUUCCGUCGUCCUUAUCGCGAAAGAAGAGGCUGCGAUGGUUUUGACGGUCCAUACAGAUCGCGAAGCCGCGCCCUUGAGCUUGAAGCCACAGGAGGCUACCACCACCGUCACCAUCAUCACCAUGGUAGAAGAUAUUACGAGGAACCAUAUCGCCACCGCGAGAGAUACUAUGGCUACUAUUACUAA